AUGGUUGUAGUUAUAUCAAUAGGAAUGGUGUUGGUUGAAUUUCCUGUAUUAUUAGGCGUCAUCUGGAUCGAUGAUUUUAAAAAUAAAGUUCCAUGGGGAUUUUGCCUUUUUCAAGGAGUAGCUAUCCAAUAUGGUGCAUUUUUACAAAUGUCGGGAGGGUUGUGCUUUGCAUAUCAGACAUAUCGAUUACUCGUUCUUAACAGGCAAGGAAUAACCGAAACGUUAAAAAAAGUUUAUAUUGCCCUGGUAAUUCUAUAUCCUCUUAUACCGACGGCAAUUUUAAUUUAUAUUGCCAUGAAAUAUGAUGCCAUUAAACCUUUGACUCUCAAUUGGCUUUUUGGGUAUUCUGGAUCCAAUUUCAUAUUAUCCUUUGUCGGUGUAUACUACAGUGGACGAGCAGCGGUAGCAGUAUUUAGGCAUUUGGAUCGAUUUAAAACUUCGAUCUCUUCAUCAAGAAGUCAUAUCCAAUCGGCUCAAACGUCUGAAAGCGGCCAAGAAGAGUUAACGAUAUCCAUAGAUCUAGAGGAAAAUACGCAUUCAGUUGUAACAUCAAAUACCGUUCAAACAUCAGAUUUAACAAAGCAAAUUAAAGUAUACAACUUGACAAAAGCCGCCGCGAUACGCAUGGUCUUAUUCUCGUGCUCGUUUGCGUUUAUUAAUUUUUUUGCUUCUAUACAAACUGUUUUGAUAGUCAUUAAAGGAGGUAAAACCAUUGAAAAAGGUUUAUCGGGUCAUGAUUGGGUUGGUGCUUUACAAGGGUCCAUAAUUUUCUUGAUUUUUGGUAUACCACAAAAUGUAAGAAAAUUCUUUUUACGAGAAGCUCGAUUUUAA